GGAGCAGCUGUUGUUAAUCUUGCAGUCAGCAGGGUGUUAUAGACACACACAGCGUUGGGCUCGAAGGACUUUACAACAACGGUGUCGACUUCUCCCACUUUCACUUCGGCUGUUUUAUUUCGCCUGCUUGUUUUCUCAACUAACAAGUAUUUUGUUUGUGGUGUCACUGCUACGGCAGUCACAAUGCCGCUGAACUCAAAUAUGGCUAGUAAAAACUAUGAUUACGACUAUGACUCGGUCCAGCCCUACUUCUACUUCGACAUUGAGGAGGAUAAUUUCUAUCACAGCCAACUCCAACCCCCUGCUCCAAACGAGGAUAUAUGGAAGAAAUUCGAGCUGCUGCCGACACCGCCGCUUUCUCCCAGCCGGCGACCCUCUCUGUCAAGCCUCUUCCCUUCGACUGCAGACCAGUUGGAGAUGGUCACGGAAUUUCUCGGGGAUGACGUGGUGAACCAUAGUUUCAUUUGUGACGCGGACUACUCCCAGUCUUUUCUCAAAUCUAUCAUUAUCCGGGACUGUAUGUGGAGCAGUUUCUCGGCUGCCGCUAAACUGGAGAAAGUAGUGUCCGAGAGACUAGCAACGCUGCAAGCGAGGAAGGACUCUAGUGCGGCUGGGGAAGCUAGCACAGUAACCAGCACGAAUCCAAACUUGAAUUACCUGCAAGACCUGAACAACUCCGCAUCGGAAUGCAUUGACCCUUCUGUGGUGUUGUUCCCUUACCCGGUUGCCGAGAACCCUAAACCCACACAAACGACUACAGCGUGUGCCAUGGAUUUGCCUUUGGAUACUCCACCGAACAGUGGUAGCAGCAGCGAUAGCGAUUCAGAAGAGGAGGAGGAGGAGGAGGAAGAAGAGAUUGAUGUGGUGACAGUGGAAAAGAGAAAGUCUGUAAGGAGGUCAGACUCGCACAUGUCUAGCAGCUCACACCUCUGCCCCCUUGUCCUGAAACGGUGUCAUGUCAACAUCCACCAACACAACUACGCCGCUCACCCGUCGACGAGGAGCGACCAGCCCGUCAAGAGGAUUAAGUUUGAGAGCAGUGGGAGAGUACUCAAGCAAAUCAGCAACAACCGCAAGUGCUCGAGUCCCAGAACGUCAGACUCUGAGGAUAAUGACAAACGCAGGACUCACAAUGUGCUGGAGAGGCAAAGGCGAAAUGAGCUCAAGUUGAGCUUUUUCGCAUUACGGGACGAGAUCCCGGACGUAGCGAGCAAUGAGAAGGCAGCCAAAGUGGUCAUACUCAAAAAGGCAACAGAGUGCAUUUUCAGUAUGCAAACGGACGAGCAGAAACUGUUAUUGUUGAAAGAGCAGUUGAGGAAAAAGAGUGAACAGUUGAAAAGCAGACUAGAGCAGCUGAGGAACUCUCAGCAAGUUUAAUGAAUGAAAGGGUGCCAUGUUUUUAUGCCUAAAGUAACUUCUUGUGUAGAGUGGUGGUGCAUGCAAAUGCAAAAAUGACUCGUUAUCACAGGUAUCGGCCAGACACCUGGGCUGGAAUCAGAAUUAUUAUUUUCUUUCACUGCCUCACUUGAACUUUCUAGGGGUUAUCAAUUUCUUAUUUAAGUAUUUUAUUUUUAUUGAUGAAAGGUUCUGCACAGUUGUCUACCUUAACUUAAUGCUUUUGUAUGUUUUGUACAUAAUUCUCGAAUGUAUUGAUCUCACAAAUACAUUUUUAUAAAUCACGUAUGA